AUGGCUGCUGCAGGCAGUGGCGGGCCCAAACCUGGAGGAGGUGAAGCCCUCGUCAGCUUUGUGACGAAGCUGCCAGAUGCAUUCCAGGUACCUGAGGAGGAGCUGGUGGUGCCAUCGAACCUUGAGCGAUACGGCCUGUCCGAGGUCGUGAACAGGUUGUUGGCCCGGGAGAAGUGGGUCUCCCAGUUGGAGAAGCGGAAUUUGCUGGAGGUGCUUGGAGCCAUGAAGUGUGCAGUGUGCAAUGUCGGGACCCGCGGUGAUCUGCAGCCUCUUAUCGCACUUGGGCUGGGUCUCCAGAAGAAGGGUUGGGAAGUCGUCGUCAUUUCCGAAGAGCGCAUCAGGCCUUUGGUGGAGGAGUUUGCUUUGGAAUUUCGAAGUAUCGCUGGCGACUCCACCGGAAUCAUCUUUGAGCAGGAGUAUGCCGAGAUGCUUGCCAAAGGCAAGCUGAUGGCCAUGAUGCAGGAGACGCAGAAAAGGAAGGCCACCUGGUACGAACAGUUCCUGACGGAUCUCGUGGACAAGACGAAGGACAUUCAGAUGAUCAUCUCAGGGCCGUUGGUUUACAGCGAGACCUAUUGCGUAGCAGAAAAGCUCGGCGUGCCGUGGAUACCUGUCCUGUACGGUCCUCUCUACCCCACUGCCGAGUUUCCGAAUUCCUUCGUGAUGGAGUCGAACUGGUUCGGUUGGCUCAACCUCUUUACGUACAACUUCCUAUUCUGGGCCCUGUGGAUGCAGGAGGGUGGUCAGAUCAACCGCUUCCGAGAGAAGCUGGGGCUGUCACCGCUUCAGGUUCGCCGUGGGAUGAUGUCCUUGAUCGAGGAGAAGAAGCUCCUGGUCAUUGGUGGCUUCCACGAGGUGAUCAUCCCACAGCCCAAAGCGCCGGCUGACUGGCCAGAGUCCUUCUUCUUCCCGAAUUUCUUCUUCGUCCCCGACACGCCAGCUGAUGCCGUGCCAAGCUCGCUGAAGUCCUUUCUGGAGAAAGCUGGAUCCAGGCCGGUCGUGUACCUGGGGCUGGGCUCCAUGCCUGCCCCAAGGCCGCAGGAGCUGGUUUCCCUGGCGGAGGCCAUCGUCGAGAAGCUGGAGGUCUCGGCAGUUCUUUGUGCGGGCUGGUCUGACAUUUCCUUCAAGUCCCAGGAUACGGAGCAGCGGAUUCUCGUCACGAAGUCGGCCCCGCACGACUUCCUGCUGCCACGCUGCCGUGUGCUGCUGCAUCACGCCGGCGCAGGCACCUGCGCCGCUGCCCUCCGUGCGGGAGUGCCCAGCGUGUGCCUGCCUGUGAUGCUUGAUCAGCCCAACAAUGCCAAGAACCUCACUCGCCUGGGUGUGGCUACACCGCCGAUUCUUUUCCAAGAUGUGGCAGCUGGCGUGGACCGCGUGGUGGAGUCGGUGCUCUUCGUGUCUCAUCAGUGGCAGAGUUUCGCACACCCCGAUCCUGAAGGGAAGCAGCCAGGUAGAAUGCAGCUGCGGGUGCUGCAGGAAGCCCUGUUGAACAUCAUCAACUCGCGAGUCACGGUGGAAUUCGAAUUCGUGGCGCAAUUCGAAGGCAGGUUCCGAUCGGUGUCAGCAAAAGAAGGGAAGGAGCUGGAGAGCUCAUACAUUUGGUUCGAUUGGUUUUCAGUGCCACAAACAGAAGAUGUGCCUUCUUCGCAAAUUGAAGAAGUGCGAUCCCUCCAGAUGAGACACAUCUUGUCCAUUCCGCGCUACGUGCAGUGUUCUCAAAUGUUCAUGGCGCUGGUCCCCCCGCUCCUGCACUUGGAAACGGGAGUCGCAUGCGACUACCAUAGCUGGCUGGGUCGAGGGUGGUGCAGGACCGAAAUGUGGUGCAAGCUCCUCGACCCGGAGCCCUCCAUGCCCAUCAUGGUCGCCUUCUCGGCCGAGAAGGUGGACUUCGUCGGUUCUUUGAGCUGGCUUCGGUCGCCUGUGCACGAAGGCAACUUUGCGGUGGAGUCUGAUCGAAAAGUUUGCAGCCAAGUCGUGCGGACCGCCAUGGAUACUUACCUUGCCCAUCUCCGUGACAGCGACACGGAAGGCAAUCUUUUCCGCUACUUCGCCGGCAGGUACGAAGACCUCUCAGGGUUGCCCCGCCGAGCCAGGAGCUUGGAGGACUUUCUCGAGGCUUUCCGCUUCCCUUCCUUGGAUGUCGCCCUGAAGCAGGAGGAGGGCAUUGGAGCAGUGGCAUGUGCAGCGAUGGCUGGGGACGUCGAGCUGCUACGGCGGCUCGUCGAGAUGAAGGCCUCUUUGGACACCAGGCUUCAAGGCCUUUGGGAAGUUGCCUUCCCGCAUGGAACAACUCCGGUGAUGAUUGCGGCCACUUGCGGGCAGUGGGGCCAUGCAGCCUUGGCGGAGAUGCUGAACCUGAAGGCGGAUCCCAACAGCCAUUGCAGCUCUGGAGGGGCAGCUGUGUGCUUUUGCACAUCUCCGGAAGGAGUGGAGUUGCUGGUGAGCCACGGUGCAGAUGUCAAUCUGCGAGCACUACCUGCAAAGUGCUCCGGACUUUGCGGCCAGCUGAUCCGUGGUGGAAACCUGAAGACGUGUGCCAAGUUGCUUGAGCUCCGUGCGGAUUUGGGUGACUACGAGGGGGGACUUGGUCAAACACCUCUUCAGUAUCUUCUUUUCGCAUAUUCCGACCUCCCCGAAGGCUUGGAGACUGCAAAGAUGCUUGUGGAGGCGCGGGCGGAUGUCAACCAGCGCGGAAGGUGCAGUGGAAUCUUUCGACCUCUAGUACUCGCCUGCCGUGCCACCAAGCUGGCCAAAGGGAGUCCGGCUCCGCUGGUUUCCUACUUGACGGAGAUGGGCUGCACAGCGUUUGGCACCGCCUGCUACCCACCUCUAGCAAUCGCCUGCCGUGCCACGCUGGCCAACAAGAGUCCUUCUCUCCUGGUGUCCUACCUUGCAGAGAUGAGCACCACAGCGCUGGGCACCGCCUGCCACUUCGGCAAUCCGGAGAUGGUUCAGCUCCUACUGGAAGCACGCGCUGACCCUGGCGUUCGCAAUGACCGCGGCCGCCCAGCGUAUGCUCUUGCCCGGCAUGAAAGUGUGCAGGAAGUUCUCCGAGGAUUCUCUCGGAGUGGCACAGCCGAGCACAGGGAGGCAGAGGAAACUGCUGAAAAACCAGCGCCGGUGAUCGACGUCGAAGAGGAUUCGCUGAUCGAGAUGGCUUUCUAG